CCGUUCGUUGGUAUAGCCGUGUAUUCGUUACCGUUUGUUAAUUGUUGGAGUAAAGUCAAUAUGUAGGCAGAUGUUUCGAUUGUAAUAUUUGGAGUAAAACCCAGCUAAGAGUGACUGAGUUUGACCACGAGCCAAAUGAACAAAGAAUGAAGAACAAAACCAAAUCAGGCUGACUUCCACGAUGUCUUCCAUCCCAGCCCAGACAAAGAAAGAUGGAUGGGGAAAAGAAUUGCCUUGUAACAUCCACUGACAGAGAUGUCUUCUGCCAUAUCACUGUUAUGAAAAUAAGAAGAUGAAUCAGACAGUAUGGCUGGGUCAGGAGGGUCAUUUGAUGAUCUUGAUAUAGACUUUGACCUUGAUGAUGCAGAUCAGGGUAGCAGAUACACCAGUGCUUCCUUCAGCAGCAGUCCAGGCAUCGAGGACGAGUAUGGAGGGGAAGUUUUCUCACCUGAGCCUGAGGGUGAGAAUAACUACUCCAUGUCCCAUUGUAAGGAUGGCAUCCAAAGGAGAAAAGAGUCACAGGAAAUAGAGGAAUAUGGUGAUAUUGGACCGUUGACUCCCAGAGGUAAGAUCAUUGGAAAUGGAUUUGACCGGCCGAUCCAUCGUCAGUCGCUGCAAGAGUUUGAGCAUCUUGAGCAAAUCCUCAAAGACCAGUCUCAAGAUACUGCAGAAGAUGUCCACAUGGAUGAUCAGUUGCUGAAUGGAAAGCUGAGUGGAGGGUACGAAGCUGAUCGCAGGAGUUCUGGAGAUAUGGAUUACGAGUCUGAUCAUGACUAUGAUAUCAAUGGAAGUGACAGACCGGAAGGAGAAGAGAAUGUGCAGAUUGGAAGUGAUGACAUGAUGAAGUACAUGCAGGCAACACCUAGAAGUACCCAGGAGUUUCCUCCAGGUGAAGAUCAUAGACUCUCAAGGCUGAUGGAAAACUCCUAUGACAAUGAUUCCCUGGAUGACGGUGAAGGUCAGGUCAAUCAGCAGUUUGUUCCAUCUCCUCAACAAGACUUUUUCAGCCUGAGUCAAGAGCAGCUGCCUGAAGGACCAUCUCAUCUGGAUUCAGAAGACGGUUCUGAUUUAUUUGCCAAUAGUGGAAACAACACUCUCCAGGACAAAGAAAGCCUCUCAACAGUCAUUCAAGCAGCUGCUGCAAAUGUUGAGACCUUCGGGACUGGGGACAGUCCGGAGAGUAAGAAGGAUUCCAGCGGAGGAGAUGUGGAGCACUUCAAACCUAUCUCUACCUCUUAUAGACGGCCAAGCAAACCUCAAACUGCUGCACAACUGAAAAAUAAGACAAUCUCUGAUCAGAGUUCAGCCGGUGAUCAAAACUCACAGCAAAGUAUUGAAGGUCGAAGGAGAACAAGUAGUGUCAAAUCAUUUAGAACUAGAUCUUCCAGGGCGUCAACGCCCCAAUCAGUAUUAUCACGUAGUAGGAGAAGUAGUAUGAGAAGCAUUGAUGAUCAAAGUGAAUACAGUAUUCAAGAGAGCAUAGGACAGGUGAGUCCUAGAUCAAGCACACCAGGACAUAAUUCAACUCUCAUUCAUCAAGGAGAUGAGUUUAGUCCAUCCCCUGUGAAGCAUAACAAGGAGAGUCCUCAAGCAGUCAUACCCAGGUUACGCUUGGACAACAUGUCUGCACGUAGUGACCAAAGUAGCAUUGUCUCAGACAUACAUCACUUGGACAAGAGCGCAAGAUCACGACUGGUUAGUGAUGAGUUUGUUGAUCAAUUACAGAAGGAAUAUGAUGAUCUCCUUCAGAAGUAUGCCCAAGCUGAGAACACCAUUGAUUCUCUGCGUCUAGGUGCAAGGGUCAAUCUGCACUAUGAGGGUUCUCCUGUAGGCCAGCCAGGUAAUGUAGGAAUUUCCCCUGCUAAACACAGUCAGGAUAUAACAUUACCUAAAGGACAGAAAGGAAUGCUAUCUUCUAGUCAAAAUAGUCUUGUACACCCCCCAGGAGUGAAUAGUGUGAUCCACGUGCACUCAUCCAAUAUAAACAUGGGUGCUUCCACUUCUAGAAAGGGGGAGACUCAGAAGGCCUUGCCAGAUACAUCUGAAGGGAAGUUAUUGGCCUUACAGUUCCAGACUGAAGGUCAUAAAGAGAAGGUGGAUUCAUUUGAGAUUCUAUUACAAGAAAACCACCUGGACCCAGCGGACCAACAGAGGGGGCUAGAGGGUUUAAAAUCUGGUCAGGCCAAGCUAGAAGCAGACUACAUGCAGGCCAAGGAAGAGCACAGUAUGAAGGUCAGACUAGGGUCAGCAAGAGGUCAAGAAGCGACCUUUGACCCUGAGAAGUUGGUUGAAGGUCAGUUGUUUCAGCUUGGGAUGAGACUAGAGGACAUCCAAGAAAAAGUCCAGGAGAAUCUACGUAAUAACCCACCAGAGCUACCCGCCACACCCCAGAGGAAGCCAUCGGAUGCUGACCUAGCAAUGAGAGAUCCUCAUGGUCUGGUUCCAUCAAGAAGAACCAGCUCACAUUCACCUGAGGAGGAUUAUGCCUUGCUGAUUCACAAGUAUAAUGAACUGAAGCAGUUGCCACCCCACCCUGAGAGAGACAAAGAAAUACAGAAGCUCGUCAAGAGUCUGCAGGACAUGCCACAAUUUGCUCUAAAUCAACCAGACCAUGAAGAUGUAGCUGGUUACCAUGGUAAUGAUGUUGAGAUGCAGGAGGAGGAAGAUGAGAUUGAUUUUAUUGCUGAUGUUGAGGAUCAUGAUGGAGAUGAUGAUGGGUCUUCUAAUCAUUCAUCUCCGUUCAGAGAAACUAUGUCACCUGAUGUCUUCAGACCGAAAGGAUCAAGACAUGAUAAACUUCCAAAAUGGCAGCCCCCUGUAGACGGGAGUAACUCCUCUUUAGGAUCACCUGAUCAUGAUCCACCAUCAUCAGUACAUUCUAGGAAGAAAAGCAUCCCAGGAAAGUCUGGAAGCAAGCAUACCCCACCACGCCCAAACUCCACCCACCAAUCAUCCAACCCGAGGGGUAAUGGAGGAGGUGAUACCAGGAAACCAAGGGGUAAUAAAACCACCUUGGGUGCCCAUCUAGAACCAGAGGGAGACAGUGGGUUCCUUGGAUCAGAGAGUAGUCGGCAAUCCCUGCAGGUCAGAGGCUCGGAUACCAGCACAAGGAACAGAGCACAGAGAUUACCACCGCAUUCUGAGAAUCCUAAAUCCCACCUUACAAGACAUUCCAUGAUACCUGUAAAGGGAUCUCAGAUGGGGAGGCUGAAAACACCCCUUAGAAACAAUGGUUCAGUCCCUCUUAGGCAAGAGCCUUUGGCUGAGGAAGAAGAUUCCAUGUAUUCUGGAGGGGUCAAACGAGCAAGAGAACUGAAGCAAGAUGUUCGUCCACAUGGUAUGCAAGAUUCUCAGAAAGCGGCCGGGAAUAGGACAAAAGAAAGACGUCCUCAAACAGUGACACCUCGUGAAAAGCAGAGAAGAGACCCUAGGUCAGAAGUUCACCAGCCCCAUAGAAUGUCCAUGAAACAGACAAAUAGGCAAGGAUAUGCUCCACCUCCUCCUGCACAGCAAAGAACAUAUCCCCAAACUGAACAGGGCACUCCUCUUGGUACCCAGUACCUGAGCCAAAGCAGAGGUAAUAAUCAGCGGACGAACACAACGCCAGCACCUCAAAGAGUCUCCCGCCAAAGGAUGGAGUCAACAAGGAGGCCGGUGGAGUCACCACCAAAGCAACAUCAAGAAUUUGAUAGAAGGUCUGAUGUGACUAGGAGUAGUGUUAGGAGUGAAGCACUACAAGCCCUUCAGGAUGAAGUCAAUCAGUUGAAAGCAAAGAUGGCCAAUGCAAGACAAGAUCCUAUUCCAGAAGAGACCGGGUAUUCAAGGAUACGCAACCUGGGGGAUGAGGAUGACGAGAUGCUCUCUUCAAGGAGCUCAAAAAGUGAGAUGCUUCACAUGCUACAAGAAGAGAUUGAAGAUUUGAAAGAUCAGCUUGCAGACAGGGAUGCCACUCCCAGCAGAAUGCCCUAUGCCUCUUCAACCCCACUAAGGGACACCAUACGUGAUGUCCUCAGCGAGAGGUAUAUCCCAGGGAGAAAUCCUUCUUUCAAUGCUUCACCAAUCCCCAAGAAAUAUCAUUCUGGAACCAAGCAUUAUAAUGGAUCUACAAUAAGAACACCAUCUCGGCCGGUCAAUCCAAGUUUUUCAAGUCAGACAGGUGUCAAGUACUCCCCUACGAGCCCUCCAAGGGUUUCCAGGACACCAGGAGUGUUUCAGGCACCCAGUGGGCAGUACCAAACUGAGACAUUGCCAUGUCCAAUGUGUGGAGGGACUGGGUCUCAUACCCACAGUGAGUACACUCACCCACCUCCAUCAAACCCUGCCCCACCAGCUCAGACUUAUGUUCCCUCAUACAGUUCACCAGCACAAUCAAUGAGGUACCUUCCACAGACAUCUUAUACACAACCAAGUCCUACAGUUGCACCUCAAACAAUGUCAGCGGUACCGCAGCAGAAUCCGUCAAUACCAAUUUAUCAAGGACAAUCCUAUGUGCUCCCACAGCCUGCUACCUUGACACCACAGGCCACCCAGCAGGUACCCGGUAAUGUUUCCCAGGUGAUGGGAGCGGUACCGACUGCAGUACCUGUUACACCAACACUGAACCAGACUAGUGCACAUGGAACUCCUAGUCAUUUGCGUCCUGAUGCUCGGCCAGUCUACCUAAUACCCUCUAAAAAUAGAGGGCGCUAUUACAUCAGGGAAGAUGAGGAGGAGGGAUCCAGUGCAGAAGGAGAGGAAGAAUUUUAUUACAGGAGAACACCAAAAUCCAGCAGGAGCAGCAGGAGACACACCUCAAGGACUGUCAAACAAAAGAAGGUCAGUGAAGUUCCUUUUGAACUGGAACUUUCCCUUGAUGAUGCUCUGCACAUGGCACAAAGGCUGAAAAGAACAACCCGUCAGAUGGUGUCCUCUGUAAGAAGAGAUGUACGCUUAGCUGAAUCAUUUAACUGAGGACAUCUGCUUGGUCAAAGACUCAAGAGAACAACCCAUUAGCUUAUGUCCUCUCUAAGAAUAACUUCUGUUUGGCAGAAUCCUCUAACCGAAGAAGACGGUGACUACUUUGGUUUCAUUCUGGAUAAAUUCCUUUUCAUGGCCCAGAGACUCUCCAAAUAAACCCAAUCAGAUGGUGGCUUAGUAAGAAGCGACUACAGUCUGCCAAAUCCCUGUUCUGGUGACUAUGAACAAUGUUCAGAGCAUUUAUGAAUGACAUAAAGUUCACCUUUUUGCUCCACCAAAUUUGUCUCUCUAAAGUGGGACAGACUUGUAUUUGUAUUUCUUAGCAGAUGUAUGAUAUGAAUUUGAUAAUCUAUCCUGUUUUCAUUGUAUAAAGACAUUCAUUUUCCAUGUGGUGCUACAAUGUGCUCUGAAUAACCUUUUGCCUAAAAGCAAAGAUGUAUAAAAAUGAUUUAUUAUGGAGGAUAUCACCUUUUAAUCCAGUAAUGCUUGAAGUAUUAUUUUCAACAUAGAUGAACAUUUUUUGAAGAUAUUCAUCAUCGCGGUGAACUCAAGCUAAGCGGUUGAACUGUAGAGUGAAGAGUAGAUUUACAUUGUUACAAAUUUUGUACAAAAUUUUCUUGUAUUCAACAUUACAUGCAGGCAUGGUUAUUAUUAUUUUUUAUAAAGAAAUGGCAUUGCAGAUUGUACUUGAUGAAUUAAAUAUCAUAGACACUUUUCCAUUCUUGAUGAAAUAUAUACAUUAUGUACCUCUGAACAAAUGAUAGCCCUAAAUCUUGUAAAGUAUUAACUGUUUUCAAGCAAAACAUACACUUUCUUGAAGGACAUUUCCUUUCUCUUUCAAUGAAUAUGCUUCAUAAUAAGUUUGUACUGCCAUAUGAUAACUCUACUGUUAGUGCCAUGGUUUUUAAUGAUUUCUACUUUUUGGUCUACAAGAAGUUGAUCUCCUUCUCAGGUAGUCUGAUACCACAUAGGUAUAACCAAUUUGGUCUAAUUGCUUUUUGGUCUACACUGAAGUUCUACACUCGGUCUAGUACCAUUUUGCUAUAGUUAUUGUUAGUUUUAUUCCAAGUUGGUCUAAUUUCCAGUUGUUCUAGCCAUUAUGUUUAAUUUGUCAGUUACAGUUUGGUUCAUAAACAGUUCAUCUUACCGUAUAUACUAAGUGGCAUUAAACAAAAUGGAUGGAGCCCAAAUGGAAAUUAGAUGAAAUGGUUCAUAGUGUAAGUGGCAAUUAGAUUGACAGGUUAUUAGACGAAACAGGUGUAGAAAAAAUGGGAUUAAACUUUCAGGAUUCAACCUUUCCAAAAUUUACCAUUCCAAUUAUGGUGUAAAAUUGGAACCUAAAUUUAAUGUUUAUUCACAUAUUUAUUUACAUACUCAAGUAAGGUUUGCUAUGGAUGGAAUGAUUAAUUCUGCUUUCAACUUUCCGUGCGAGAACUUGCUCAUUUUCUUUGAUAUGCACCUUAGGGAAUGCAAGAAAAUAUUUGCAAUGAAUUGCAAAUUUCUGAUGCAACCUUCCAAUUUUUAUGUACUUGUCGUAUUUAGAGCAAAUUGAUUUUUACUGUUUGAGAAGCACACAAGCAAUCAAAUUUAUUGCAGAUAUGUGAUUGAUUUUAUGACAAUUGAUCGCAAGUUUCUUGCAUUUCCCCUUUAUUGAUUUUUCAAUUCAGUUCAGUUUAGUUUCAAUUCAGUUUCAAUAUAUCACUUGUUAGUACUAAACUUCUUUAGAAAUAAAAUGUAACAUCACACUAUCCGUAAUUUAUUCUGUACUAGGUAAUCAUUGAAAUAAUGUAUUUAGUGUAAUGAUAUGUCAUCAUGUUGUACCCCAUGUUGAAAUUUAUUCAGAGGUGCAUAACGAACAACUUUUAAUGAUGAUUUUAUACCAAGAACAAACAGAGGCUUUAUUUGUAAAGAAUUUUUAACGAGACAUGAAUUUUUAGAAUUUUUAUUGUAUAGUGUUUUUAUACAUGCAUGUAUAAUAUAUUUUGUAGAGUUGAUUGUGAUUUGUACUUUGGUGUGAAUUGUUAUACAUAUAGCUAGAGUGAGUCAGGUAAGAUUCAUAAUAAUAUACAUGUACGUUCACAUCAGUUUUGUUUGAUACCCCACAUAACUUUGUAAAUCAUUAUCAGGGCUUAAAAAAUUUACAAAAGUGCCAAAUAUGAUUUUUGCAGCUGUAGCAACCUUCCUUUUAAAGGGGAGUUCCACCCCAACAAAAAAGCUGAUUGUAUAAAAAGAGACAAAUCAGAAUCACCUAACAUUGAUAAUUGUAUCACUAUUGGAUGUAAAGUAAGAAAGUUAUGACAAAUCAAAAUUUCACCCUUUUUUUUCUCAAAACAGUUAGAUGCAUGACACAUUUAUAUGAAGUCAAGCAAAGCUUGAAUAUGUUAUAACUUUUUCUUAUUCGACAUCAGAAUUUGAUGAGAUUUUCAGCGGUUAGCUUGUUUAAUUCUUCUCUUUUCAUUCAAAUCACUGUUUUGUCAAAGUGGACUUCCCCUUAAAAUGAUAAAGUGAUGUUCUAUUUCAUUUAUUUUACUCUUCAGUAUUCUUCAAUAUAAUCAGCAUUUUCAACGCAGUUUAUUUCCACCUUGAUAAUUGUUAACCACCAAUCAGACUCAUGAACAUGAAGAUGAAUUUGUGUUUCAGAAUACAUGCAUGCAAGUUGCGCCCUAAUUGUGCUGUCAAUCAUACCUGUUCAAACCUGAGAGAUUAGUCAACAAGAUUGUACUUCACACCAUUACAUACCAUUAUUAAACACUACCUGGGAUGUCACUCCAGUCUCUACUGAUUAUUCCCUAUUGGUUCCUGUGCUACGGAUAUUUCUUUAAUAUUUCUUAAUUCUUGUUUGUGGGCUGCGCUUUCUUUUAUGUCGUAGGAAAAACUUGUCGACCAACAAGUCUCUCAUAAUGAAUAUUUGUGGCACAUGUUUUAUGGAACACACAUAUUGAUCAUUGAUUUUCAAAGAAAGUACACAUAGGCCUGUACAUUAAGUUCCAUAUAUUCAGUAACAUAAAGUAUCUUUGUUAUUUAUGUUCAGUAUUGAUAAAAUACCUCUUCUUUUAUAUUUUUUGCAAGUUCACUUGGAUGAUUUGAAUUAAAAAAAAAAUAUUUUUUGUCAUCUGCUUUGUUUGAUUUCAUAUCAAUCACAAUUAUAUCUGUACAGUUGAUUGGUCCAAGCAAAUCAUGUGAUUCAAUACACUGGUCUUUUCUCUAAUGCAAAUGAGCAAAGGUUUGCAAUGGAAGGUCACAUCUGGAGCCAGUUUCACAGCACUUGUUACAAUAACAGUUAUAAGCUACUGAAAACAUUCAAUUUGAUUGGCUGAUAGUAAACUUGAGAUGUUUGCUGUUUGUUAUGAUAACAAGUUUUUGUGAAAUGGGGUCCUGAUAUAACUGUGAAAAGUGUGCCAGGGCAUAAUAUAGUUUAUAAAAUGGUUUGAUAUGUUUUGGAGUUUGAGUACAUGUAUUUGUUUGUUCUGUUUAUUUUACUUAUUAUUUUGACUAUAGCAUUCGCAGCAUAUUUUAACCAUUACCACAAACUUAGCAUACCCAGCAUUGAUGUGUGAUACACUUUAUAUUCACUUUGAUUUUAUUUUCUUGUAAAUAUUGUAAUUUUCAGUAUUUUGAAUGAUAAUGUUAUGUUUUGCCAGAUUCCUGUAUUCCUUGAUUUUAUGCUUUUAUUAAUGAUAAUCAAUUUUAGUCGGGUUUUUAAAGUAUGUAUUCAUUUAUAUGACCAAAUUAUUAGAUGAAUUGUUCUCAAUUUUAUAAUUUCUCUAUUUUCAAUUUCCUUUUCAAAAUCAAAUUAAUUAUCUUCAACAAAUUUAUGUAAAUGUAAAAUAUAUUGGUGUGAAGUUCUCAUAUAAUUUGCUUUCUCAUAUUUAGUUAUUUUUUAUCCGAAUUACCAUAUUUUAGCACUUUUUAUUUUUUUAUGUUCUAUAGAAUGAUCUUUCAAACAUUUUGUUUGUAACUUUCAUUUUGGUCAUCAAACACAAUUUACUUUGGUAAUGUGGUUGCAAUUUGUUUCCGUAUAACCCCCACCACCCCUUGUAAAAUAAUAUGUCUAUAAUAUAUAUUUUUAGUACUUAGUAUACUGAAAUAAAAAUAAUGUUUGUCUCCAAAAAUAAACUUGAUUAAUGCUGUGAAUAUGAAAGGGAAUACAAAUUCCCCAGUUGAUUUGGACAAUAUUUUAUAUUUGUUGGAAUUCUAAACAAAAUAAACUGCCUUGAGCAAGAAAAUGCCAAAGUAAUCGAAGAUCUUUACCCCCCCCCCCCCAUCACUGCACUUUCAUAUUGAAUUAUUGGAGAUCUAUUUAUUCCUUUUAGGGCAUGAAAUGAUUUAAUAAGUAUUCAACUAUAGAUUCAGAAGUUAUAUGUUAUUCCUUCAUUUUAAUUAGAAACAUUCCAGCACCUUGAAAUAUUGUUUAUUCUUUUUAUGUUCUUGUACAUAAGGGAGUAUAAAUGUAUGUAAUGUAGAAAACUCUCACUCUUCAACAACAAGAAAAAUGAAUAUAAUCAUUGCCAAGAUGGGUACACAAACAGGUAUAAGCAGACGUCUCUUUUUUAAAUGAUUUUUCUCAGUGUUUAAAAGUGUUCGAUUUUGUAGCACACUAUUUUCAUUGUAUUGGCGUAUAUUUUGUGUGUUUGGUUAAUUUGUUUUCUUUGCAAUGUAAUGUGUGUUUUUUCGUGCUUGCCUAAUAUGGAUCCUGCAAUCUGAAUAAACAAAA